AUGGGGAAAGACUAUUACUCAAUCCUGAAUGUAAACAAAGGUGCAACGGACGAUGAACUGCGUAAAGCUUACCGUAAACUGGCGCUUAAAUGGCAUCCGGACAAAAACCCAAACGAUCCAGACGGUGCACAGAAGAAAUUUCAAGAAAUUGGGGAGGCUUAUGAAGUAUUGAGUGACAAGAAAAAGCGUGAAAUCUAUGACAUGUAUGGUGAAGAAGGGCUGAAGGGUCAACCAGCAGGUCCGGAGGAAGGGGUGCCAGGAGGGGGUAUGGGUGGAAUGCCAGGAGGAAUGGGAGGAAUGCCUGGAGGUUUUACAUUUACAACAUCAAGCGGCGGUUUUCCAUCUGGAGGCUUUUCAUUUCAUUCAACAGACCCGUCUAAAAUCUUUGAGCAAUUCUUUGGCACUUCGAAUCCCCAUGAAGCUGAAAGGAAUGACCCAAUGGCUUCGAUGUUUGGAGAUAUGGGUUUUGGUGGCAUGCGUGGUAUGAGAAGUGGUGGCUUUGGAGAUCGUGGGGAUCCUUUUGGUCAGCAAAGACAGCCACGAGCCGAGAAACUGAAGAGUGAACUGGAAGUACCUCUGGAACAGCUGUAUACUGGCUGCAUGAAGAAGCUUAAGAUUACACGGAAGGUACAUGAUCCAAGCUCAAACCAACUGCGAGAAGAGCAGAAGAUCUUGGAGAUUAAUGUCAAACCUGGUUGGAAAGACGGCACAAAGGUGACGUUUGAAGGGCAGGGUGACGCUUUACCUGGACGCCCGGCUCAAGAUAUUGUGUUUGUGAUUAAGCAAAAGCCACAUAACAAAUUCCAACGUGAUGGUGACAAUUUGAUGUACCGGGCCAAGUUGUCAUUGCGAGAUGCACUGCUAGGCAACGGCACGUUGACCGUCAAGACACUGGAUGGACGCGACGUGCCUGUUCCACUUGGAGGUGUCGUUGCACCCGGCACAACGAUGGUGAUUGCGGGCGAGGGUAUGCCUCUGCAGAAGAUCCCCACGCAGCGGGGCAAUUUGGUUGUUGAGUUCGACGUGCAGUUUCCCACGAGCCUUACAGAAGCACAGAAGAAUUUGGUACGCCAGGCAUUUUAA